GCUGGGCUCCCCGCGCGCGGGGGGCCACGGCGUGCAGGCGCCGCCCCGUGGGCUCCGCGGCGGGGUCUCCGACGGGGCCGCCCGCUUUGCGGCCACGUGCCCGGGCUGGAGGAGCGGCGGCAGUCCACGGAGGCAGCGCCUGCGCCGGGUCGCCAGCUGGAGCCCCUCCAGGUUGGCUGGCGGGCGCCCUGAACUGCGCUGCCCGCCGAGCGCGGCGCUGCGCGCAAAGCGCGCCGGGCCUGGGGCGGCCGCCGCGCCGCUGGUGGCCGCGCUGGCGCGGCUGCGUCAGGUGCUCGCCGAGGCGGGCGCGCCCGAGGCUGGUGCGCUGCCCGCGGGCACGGCCGGCGCCGAGGGCGGCGGCCCCCCGCGGGCGACGAAGAGGGAGCUGCUGCGGGAGAUCUUGCAGGAGCUGCUGCGCCAGCUGCCGGCGCGCCCGCAGGCUGGCCGUCCGCUCACGGGAAGUGCCCUGGCCGGGAGCAGCGAGGGGCGCUUCUACCGCGAGCUGGCGCGCGGCGUGCUCGAGGCCGCGAGGGCGGGGGCGCCGCGCGGGGGCGCGGGGCCGCGCCUCGCGCUCGAGGAGCUGCGGGUGGCUGACCGCGUCAUGGGGGCGGCCACCGGCGUGGCUCGCGAGCUGGUGAGGGACGAGGUGCAGCGCGCCCUCGCGGCGGAGCACGGCGGCGCUGGCGGCGGCAGAGCCUCCUCGCUGCCGCCUGCGGCGAGCGCCAGCGCGGAGGCCGCGGCCCGCGGAGAGCUCGAGCAGCACGCGGAGGACCUCCUCGGCGCCGCGCUGCACGCCUGGCUCCACCACCUGCCGUCGCCGGAGGAGGCUUUCCUGCUCGACCUGGCCCUGAAGGCCCAGGCGACGCACUCGACGGCGGCCGCUCCACCCGACGGUGUGCAGGCGGGCCCGGCCCAGGGCAUGCCCGCGGCCGCGCGACCAGACGGCGUGCACGCGGGCCAGGCCGAGGGCACUCGCGGGGCGUCGUUGCGUGCCCCACUCGGCGCGCUCGCCGGGGCCGCGCCAGCGGCCGCGGCCGCGGCGCGCGAGGAGGGCGGCUCCGCCGUGCCUUGCGCCCGCGGGGACACGGCCGCCGCAGGCCGUGCCGCGGCUGCGUCGGCAGGGGCCGCGGGGCCAGCUGCAGCCGAAAGCCGCGCGGCCGCCGUCGGAUCUGCCGUCGACGCCGCCGCGCUGCCAGGACCAGCGGGGACCCCGUCGGCUGCGCUCGCCGCUGGUGCCGCGCCAGCGGCCGCCGCCACGCCCAGCGACGGAGCGCCGGCGGCAGCCGCUUUCGCAGGGUUGGUGGGUGCUGCGGGGGCGGCCUCCGCAGGCGGCCGUGCCGCCCCCGCGGAAGCUGCCGCCAGCGGCGCCGACGGCGCCGUGCCGCCGGCAGGCGCAGACGCGCAGCUGGCCGCGGCUGCCGCCGUCGCGCCAGCCGUGGCAGCCUCGGUGAGCGACGAGGGCGGCCGUGUCACCGCCAUGGAAUCUGCCGCCGACGACGCCGCGCCGCCAGCAGGCGCAGACGCGCAGCCGGCCUUGGCUGCCGCCGUCGCGCCAGCCGUGGCAGCCGUGGCAGCCUCGGUGAGCGACGAGGGCGGCCGUGUCACCGCCAUGGAGUCUGCCGCCGACGACGCCGCGCCGCCAGCAGGCGCAGACGCGCAGCCGGCCUUGGCUGCCGCCGUCGCGCCAGCCGUGGCAGCCUCGGUGAGCGACGAGGGCGGCCGUGUCACCGCCAUGAAGUCUGCCGCCGACGACGCCGCGCCGCCAGCAGGCGCAGACGCGCAGCCGGCCUUGGCUGCCGCCGUCGCGCCAGCCGUGGCAGCCUCGGUGAGCGACGAGGGCGGCCCCGUCGCGGCCGCCGUUCUCGGGGGCGCGGCGACCGCAGCUGGUGCCGCUGCCGGGUCGGCCAGGCAGGGCCUGCCAGCCCGAUCCGAUUCGAUCCCGAUCUUCCUUUGAUCCGCUGCGGCCCGAUGUUCGCGUGGCGCUUGUGUGCAUCCUGGCGCCGC